AUGGGCGAUCUCGCGCAGGACCAGGAGGAGGCGGCUCGCCGGCUGAUCGCGCUCGUCGAGUACACCAAGGAGCUCAACGAGGUCUCGCGCCGCGACCUCGAGCCGCGCCUGGCCUUGCGCGGCCCUGCUGAUGCCGCAAAGGCUGCUGGUGACGACAUCGGAGUGAUGCUGCACGAGGGCUUCCUGGACAAGCUGAAGGAGGCGAAGCGGACCGUCGCAUCGCGCGACCCCACCACCGGCAAGCAGCUCAAGGCGCAGCGGCCUGUCGUCGCGAUGAUGGCGGAUGAGGAUGACGUGCCCGCGGCUGCCGAGCCGUCCCGGCAUGGCUGGGUGUCGCUGCAUCGGCCGGACCACGACGACCGCUCGCCGGCCGCCCAGGCGGCGUGUGCGGCCUACGCCUCCCUCUUCUCCUCCCACCAGGAGGCGUUGCGCGAGGGGCGAGGCGCGCAGCUCACCGUCGGCGUCGGCCUCGUGCGCUGGCGUGUGGACGCGUCGACCGUGAUUGACCACCCGCUGGUGAUGAUGCCGGCGGAGCUGCAACUCGACGCCACCGGCGCGUAUUGCGUCCGCAUGGCCGACGCCUCCGCCCCCGCCCUGUGGACAUUCCCAGGGGUGCCGCGCGUCGCCGCGGCGCUCAAGCUGCUCGACGAGUGCGCGCGCGCCUACGGCUUGCUCGGCUCGUCUCCGCCGCCGCCGACCGCAAAGCGCGCAGCUCGCAGCCGCCCGCCGCGGGCGUGGGAGCCGCUUCUGCAGCGCGCGGCGCAGACACUCGCGGCCGACGGCGUCUACGACCGCGGCGUAGCCGACGACGCCACCGCCCUCGCUGACGCCCUCCGCGCUCUGCCGCCCGCGGCGCUCCCCGCCGCCUUGGGCCGGCUCGUCGGCGUGUACGGCCUCCCGCCCGCCCCGCCGCUGCCCGGCGCCGCCGCCGAGGACCGGUGGCCGAUCUUCUCCCGCCUUCGCCGCGCAAUCUCGACGCCUCUCGGCGGAGGCGGCGGCGGCGGCGGCAUCGAGCAGCGGCCGUUUCUGUACUUCGGGCUGCCGUCCAACGCGCAGCAGGAGGCGGUGGUGGCUACGCUCGAGGAGAAGGGCUGCGCAGUGCUGGUCGGGCCCCCGGGGACAGGCAAGUCGCAGACGAUCGCGAACGUGAUUUGCCACUACCUCGCGACGGGCCGGCGCGUGCUCGUCACCUCAAAGGGCGAGCCGGCGCUGGAGGUGCUGCGCCAGAAGCUGCCCGCAGGCGUGCGCGAGCUGUGCGUCUCGCUCGGCUCUGCCGACGCGUCCUCCUUCCGGCGGCUCGAGGCCGCGGUCGAGAACUUGGCGGACAAUGUCGCCGCGGCGCAGCCGUCGGCGCUCGCCUCGGCGACGGCUCGGCUGCGGCGGCAGGCUGCAGGCGGGCCGGGCGGCGGCGGAGGCGACGGGCGGGAGGGUCCGCUCUCCGGCUUGAGCCUCCACCGCGAGGUGGUCUCCGAGCUCUCCCUCAGCCAGCCUGAGGCGGCGACGACGACGCAGCUGGCCGAGGCGGUGUCGGCGGCGCUCGAGGCGGACGCGCGGCAUGCCCCGCUCGACGCGCCCCGCAGCCGCGCCUACUUUCUCCGCGGCGUGCGGCUCGACGCGAGGCGGCCGCCGCCGCAGGAGUCGCUCCUCGCGCAGAUCCGCGCCGAGCGGGCGGCGAGCGGCGAGGCGCUGCUGUGGGGCGAGGCGUUGCGCGGAGGCUCGCCCGCACUCGAGGUCCUCUCCCCCUCGCGGCUGCACGAGGUCGCGCGCGGCCUCCGCCGCCGCGCCGAGAUCGAGCGCGCGGCGGUGCGCGGCGAGGUGCGCGGCGAGGUGCCGCAGAUCGCGGCGCUCCCGGAGGCGCGCUCCCUCCGCUCGAGGCUAGUCGAGCUGCGCGUGUCGCUCGCCGACCUCGAGGCGCGUAUCGCCGCCGUCUCCGCCGCGCCGCCCGCCGAUGGCCGCCCGCCGCCGGACGACGGGAAGUGGCUGCUUAGCAUGCUGCGCCACGCGGACAACGCCGCGGCGCGCCGGACGCCCGAGGCGGCGGCACCUAGAAAAGAAGAGUGCACGGGCCCGCGUUUUCUUUUUCAGGCGCGCCAGACGCUCGAGUCGGCGGCGCAGCUCGCCUCCCUCGUCUCCACCCUCGCGGCGACGGUGGACGCGUCGGAGGGGGUCACAGUGCCCGAGGUGCUGCUCCGCAUGCUCACGCGCGGAGGAGGAGGAGGAGGAGGAGGAGGAGGAGGCCUCGCGCGGAGUGAGGGCGGCGUGACUGACGCCGCCUCGUUGCUGGACGAUUCGGAGGCCGACCCGCUCCGGCUGGGCGCACUGCUGCGCGCCGUCCACGUGCCGCGGCUCGGCGCGUGCGCCGCCGCCGCCGCCAAGGCCGCGGGCGUCUCGGCGCAGUGGUCCCGCGCGCUGCUCCCCGAGGGCGAGGGCGGCGCCUCCUCCGCCGCCGCCGCGCGGCUGCAGUCGUGGCGCUCGGCCGCCGACUGCGCGACCGCGAUCAGCUCGCUCGACACGGCGCUCGAGCUCCACAGCGACGAGCUCCAGGAGAUCGCCCGAGAUUGCCCGAGAUUGCCCGAGAUUGCCCGAGCGUGCGAGCGCGAGCAAAAGGCCAUCCUCGAGCAGCUGCAGCGCGCGGCCGCCUCCUCGGGCAGCGCGGCUGGCGCCGGCGUGCCACCCUCCUCCGUCUCGAGCGCCGCCGCCGCUGCAGCCUCCUUCGCCGCAGCGCUCUCCGCCGCCGCCACGGGCGAUGUCGCUCGCAGCACCGCCGCCGGCGGCGGCGCUGGAGGCGGCACGCUCAGCGUUCACGCGACGGACCCGCCGGCGGCGGCGGCGGCGGCUGGUGAGUCGCCUCUCGCCGCGCUGCGAGCCGCGGUCACCGCCCUCGGAUCGCUCGAUGUGUCUGGCGACGCUGCCGCUGCGGGGGUGCUCCGCGCGCGGGAGCGCCUGCUCAGCGCCCGCGCCGCCCUCUCCCACGUCGCGAAGCUCAAGGUCCUGGCGCGCGCGCUCGACGCCCCGGCGUGGGCCGGCUGCCUCUUGCGCCCCGACCCGCCGCCCGCAGCGCCGCCGCCGCCCGCGGCGGCGGCGCAGCACGGCCGCGCCAGCGGACGUGCCGGCGUCCGCGCCGCCGCGCCGCCGCUGGUGCUAGACGCGUGUCCGGCGGACGCACGCAGGCUCUGGGCGGCGGCGGCGGCCGCGGCCGCGCUCGAGGCGGCAGAGACGCGGGACGCCCGCGCGGCGCGCGCAGCGGGCGGCGCGGCGCGGCGGCUCACCCUCGAGCGCGAGUCGGCGGCCGUCUCGCAGUCUAGCAGCGCGGCGCCGGACGGCGCGCGUUCGGCGCGGUACCGUUCCGAUCUCGCCGCCGCCCUCACUGAUUGCGCCGCGUCGGUGCCGUGUUGGAUCAUGCCUACGUGGCGCGUGUCGCAGUGCCUGCCCGCCACGCUGCGCUCUUUCGACCUCGUUGUCAUCGACGAGGCGUCGCAGUCCAACGUCGGCGCCGUCCUUCCGCUGCUGCGCGCCACCCGCGUCUCCCCCACGGCGGCCUUCGUCUCGGAGGCGCGUAUCGGAGACCUCAAGGCGGGCCUCCUCCGCUCUCGUCACCCGUACAUAGAGCAGCUGCUGCCGGAGCGCUCCGUCUUCGACCUCGCGCAGACAUGCUACGCGGACGCGCGCGUCGCGCUGCAGCAGCACUUCCGCUGCGUGCCUGGCUGCAUCGCCUUCAGCAACGAGCACUUUUACCACGGCCGGCUGCUGCCGCGCCGGCUGCCGCCGCGCUCACGCCGCCUCGAGCCGGCGCUGGUUGACAUCCUUGUCCCGGGCGGCGCCAAGAAGGGGAAGGUCAACCCGGCGGAGGCGAGCGCACUGGUCGACUACCUCGUGGCGCAGCUGGCGCGCUCACCGUCGGAGCUCGAGGGGCUCUCGGUCGGCAUCAUCUCGCUCGCGGGCGUCGAGCAAGCGCGGCUGCUCCGCUCGCUGCUGCUGGGACGCCUUACCGACGCGCAGCUCGCGCGCCACCGGCUGGUCGUCGGCGACGCGACCUCUUUCCAGGGCGACGAGCGCGACGUGAUACUGCUCUCGAUGGUCGCCUCAAAGGGCGCCGCGCCGCCACAGCUCGGCCGCACCUACGAGCAGCGGUACAACGUCGCCCUCUCUCGCGCGCGCGACCGGAUGGUGCUGUUCCGCUCGCUCCGCGCGUCGGAUGUGCCCAACCCCGACGACCUCAAGCAAUGGACGAUCCAGCGGUUCGCCGCCGCCGCCGCCGGCCAGCCCGCCGCCGCCUCGCUCCGCCUCUCGUCGCAGGUCGAGGGGCGAUCGGCGCUGAGCGGCGGCGGCGGCAGCGGCGGCAGCGGUACUGCAGAUGGCACCGCCGACGGCGAGCUGCACGCUUGGCUGCACGCGCGGGGCUUCGCCUUCACCACCGAUUGCGCCGUCGCCGGCUCCGCCGCCGUCGUCGAGGACGAGCAGCACGACCGGCGGCUGUGCGUCUGCCUGGACGGCGGCGCGGCCGCGUCGCUCGCCGAGUGGUCCGAGUCGAUCAAGGAGGGGCGCGCUCUCGCGUCGGCCGGCUGGGCGUUCCACCGCAUCUGGCGUUCGUCGUGGCUUGUCCACCGCGCAAGGUGCGAGGCCGACCUUGCGAGCGCGCUCGAGGCGGCCGGCAUUCGCCCCUCCGUUUCGGCCCCUUCCGGCGGCGGCGGCACGCGGCCGAAGCAGCCACCGCACCACUUGGAGGACGCCCUCUCUGGAGGCGCCGGCGCCGCCAGCAGCAGUGCCGCCGGCGGGACCUCUGGCUUGUCUGGCCGCAAGCGCAAGGGCGGAUCGGCGGUGGCGGCGGCGGCGGCGGAGGAAGAGGAGGAAGAGGAGGUAGAGGAGGAGGGCGGCCGCGCGGAGGCGGAGCCUGCCGCCACCAAGCAGGCCGGAGCCAAGAAGCGGCGGUGA